AUGGCCAACACCAAAUAUGACGAGAAGGACGCUGUUGUCUCCGCAGACACCAGCAAGGAGACAAUGGACCACAACGAAUCUUUCCCCGAGAAAGGCGUGGCUGUCAAUCGAGACUAUGCCGGUGCCACUGAAAAGACAGAUCCAGAGGAAAUCCAUCUGGUCCGCAAGCUGGAUUUUAGAAUCAUGCCAAUGCUGGUCUUUAUGUACUUCCUCAACUAUAUCGACCGCAACACGCUUGCCCAGGCACGCCUAGACGAUCUCGAGAAGGAACUGGGCAUGGAGGGCGAAUACCAAUUCAACACCACCAUUUCCAUCCUCUUCGUCGGCUACGUUCUCAUGCAGAUCCCCAGCAAUAUGCUGAUUACCCGUGUCAGACCGAGUAUCUAUAUGAGCUCGUGGAUGGUUGUUUGGUCAAUUGUGUCAGCUUGUACGGCCUUGGUCAAAUCCUACUCUGGUAUGGUGGUGUGCCGUUUCUUGCUUGGGGUAACUGAGGCACCGUUUUACCCGGGAGCGACAUAUCUUCUGGCCAUAUUUUAUACUCGCAAAGAGGUUGCCGCUCGAAUCGCCGUUUUAUAUUGCGCACAGAUUCUUGCAACAGGAUUUGCCGGUUUAAUUGCUGCAGGUGUAUUCAAGGGUCUGGAUGACGCAAGAGGCAUCUCGGGCUGGAGAUGGCUAUUCAUUAUCGAAGGAUGCGCGACCACUGUAGUAGCACUAGGAGGCUUCUUCUUUUUACCAGAUACCCCCAGCACGACCCGAUGGCUCACCGCACGCGAACGUGAACUCGCGCACGAUCGAGUCGAAAAGGACACAAUGGGCGAGGGCAACUCACAGAAGAUCCCUGUCAUGGAAGGCCUGCGACAAGCGGCCAGGGACAAGCGCACAUGGAUCUUCUGCCUCAUGCAGAAUUUCCACCUGGCAGCCUGCUGCUUCAACAGCUUUUUCCCAACUUCCGGCCGCCACCACGAGCGCACCUGGCACAUCACCGGCGGCCUCGGCGUGGCCAUGGUCGGCUUCAUCAUCGCCUCGUCCACGCUCAACACCGCCGGCCGCUACAUCGCCUGCUUCAUCUUCCCCGUCGGCGCCUACUCGGUCAACUCGGUGAUAAUCGGCUGGGUGUCGUCGACGCUGUCGCAGACACGCGAGAAGCGGGCGGUGGUGCUUGCGAUGCACAACGUUGCGGGCCAGAUUGGGUACAUCUACGGCGCAUAUGUGUGGCCGAAUUACGAUAAGCCGAGGUUUGCGAUUGGGUUUGGGGUUUCGGCUGGGUUUGCGUUUGGGGCGAUUGUGUGUGCGUGGUGGAUGCGGACGUUGUUGAAGAGGGAGAAUCGGAGGUUGAAGGAGGCGGCUGGGGGGGAGAUUGUGAAUUAUUAUGGGUAUUGA